CUAAAAAAUACUCAGACAUAAACUUAAGGAAAGAUGGUUUGAUUGCACUCUUUGUGUGAGAGGGUUAUGAUUUAUUUUGCAAUCCAGAUCCAGUUUGACCGCAUUUUCCCAGCAGCAUGUACAGGCUUAAUACAGCAGGUUUUGCCCAAAGCAUAACUAUAUGGCGUACUCCACACAAACACUGGCUGCAGGCUGCUUUGGGAAAAUAUACAAGGAGAAGUUUGGAGACACAUGGGCUGCUGUGAAGAGAGUUCCUAUCGGAGUCAUCAGCAGACAACAACUGGAGAGAGAAUGCAAAGUAUAUCAUAAUGCUCGGCAUACAAAUGUGGUGAAGCUUCUUGGUGAACCUUGGGUAAAAGACUCCAAGUGGAACAUUCCUUUGGAGUUCAUCUUUGGGGAAGAUCUUGAGACGACCAUCUUCAAAGUACAGCUUUCUAAAAUACAGUUGACUCCAGCAGUGAAAGGCACAAUCAUCACCGGCAUGUGUGAAGGUUUACUCUAUCUGCACAGUAAAGACAUCGUCCACCAAGACCUCAAACCUGAUAACAUCAUGGUGGAGCAUCAAACCCAUCGUGCUGUGAUCAUUGAUCUAGGACUGGCUAAAUUCUCCAGAAAUGGACUCACCUCUGCAGAAAACUUGGGCAAUGAAGCAUAUUCAGCUCCAGAGAUCCUGCAGAAUAAUGGCGUUCGUGACAAACGCUCAGACGUUUGGGCCAUGGGUAAAAUCAUAGCUGAACUCUGUGUCAGGAUCAGGUUACCAACCCAAUUUGUGACUCCUGUCAAGAUUCAUGAAACUCUAAAAGAUCAGCCAUACUCUAAUCCAGUGUCCAGGAUGGUGGAACCCAAUCCCAAUCACAGAAGUACUAUGGCUGGAGUUAUCACAGACAUCAGGAGAGCUGCUUCACCUCAACCAGCAGACAUUAGACCAAUAUACAUCACAAGAGACAUGGUGACACAUGGAAAUGACAUAAGGCCAAAUCAAAAGUGGGGACCACCAGGACCUCCUGUUCCUAAAGUGGAGGUAAAUAAACCUCCUGUGUUAUGUUAUCGACAGGAUCCACCUCAUCAGAGAGAGCUGGGAAAGGCAAUGGCACCAGUUAGAGGGGAGGCCUUAAACAAGCACUUGUCUCUGAUGUCAUUUCCGUGCCCUCUCCCUGAAACUGGAAAAGUGACUCAGGAACGCUACAUUGAGGAAAAAGGGGCUCUAGAAUAUAAAGAGAUCGUCACGAAAGAUGGGAGAAUCGUUAAAUACGAGAAAGUGCAAAUAACCAAAGAUUCUUAAAAAUAACACUUGAGAAUAGACUUGUGUUCUGAAAAAUGUUGGCGAGCACUUUGAUUUUACGCAGAUUAAUGCUUUUUUCUUUUCUUGUUUUAAAAGAAAUCCCAUCUGGAAAACUAUUAUAGUGAAACUGGUUGUAGUUUUGUUGUUGUUGUUGUUGUUGUUUUGUCAUUGCUGAUAUCCUGUUUAUAUUCAUUCAACAAUAAUUUUGUCUCAUUUGAUGUAAAGUAUAAACUAUUAAAAUGGUUGUGUGUUUA